AUGACCAGUUCUCUCUUCCUCCCACAGAAAGACCACAGUGCUUAUGUGUCCGUUUACUUUUACACUCUGCCUGAAACUACACUGACCGUAAAUCCAAACCCUGCAGACACUGGAAAGACAGUAACUCUGACAUGUUCAGUGGGAUCUGACAGUGGUUGGAGCUAUACAUGGUACAAAGACAACACUAAGAAAGUAGUGACCUUGUCUGACAGACACACUACAACAGGAGCCACCUUCACCAUCAGUAGAGCUGCUGAGUCUGACCAGGGUCUCUACUGGUGUCAGGGAGAGAUCCAGUCCAGAUCCAUAUCAUCAAUCAUCAGCGUAACUCCUGGACCCUCUACAUCAGUCCUAGUAGGAGUGGUUGUGGCCCUGGUUGUUGCUGGUGUUCUACUGGCCAUUCUGCUGGUACUGCUGUGUCGAUAUAAAAACGCCAAAGGUGGCGCUAACAUCUAUGAUACAAUCACUCCCUCAGACAGUAAUGACAGUGCAACUGGACUUGUUCAUGUGACCUAUGCUGAGGUUGACCUUAAACAGAAGGCCAAAGCCAAGAAGAAGAAAGACAGACAGACACCCAGCAGCCCGGUCAUUGUCACUGCUUCUGAGAAACAGAAACAGAGAAAGUCACUUGUCUGUGGGGACAGAAUGGAGCACACCUUGCUCUGUUUGCUACUAUUGCUGAGUACACACAUCUACUCUGGACACUCUGAAGAUGAUGAUGGACAGGCAAAGGCUGUUCUGACCACACACCCCAAAUCCUCCCAGAUAUUCAGGGGAGAAUCUGUCACUUUCAGAUGUAACAUACAGAGGGGAGAAGUCACUGACUGGAAAUACACAUGGCGCAAGGAUGAUGUAGACUCAAUCAGUAGCAAGCAUGAAUAUGAGAUGAGUGAGGUUAAGAUUUCAGACAAUGGUGUCUACAGGUGUCUGGGUACACAUAUUGAUAAUAGGAUGUAUUCUAAGUGGAGUGAUGCAGUCAGACUGACAGUGACAGCUCUGCCUACAGCCUCAGUGAAGAUGGUCACUACCCAGGAGAUACUGUAUUCCGGAGACACAGUCAAGCUGUGGUGUGACAUAUCAAACCACAGAGACUGGACGUACCGCUGGUUAAUAAAUAAAGAACGGCUUUCCAGUCAGACCAGUAAAAACACCACUAUCUCUCUCUCUGACCAGGCUGGUCAGUACCAGUGUCAGGGGACAAGGACAAGACAGCCCCAAAAUUCAUAUCUCAGCUCAUCUCUCCACAUUAGCGUCACAGCUCUUCCUGAAACUUCACUGACCAUGAAUCCAAACCCUGCAUACAAAGGAGAGACAGUAACUCUGACGUGUUCAGUGGGGUCUGACAGUGGCUGGAUCUAUACAUGGUACAAAGACAACACUAAGAAAGUAGUGACCUUGUCUGACAGACACACUACAACAGGAGCCACCUUCACCAUCAGUAGAGCUGCUGAGUCUGACCAGGGUCUCUACUGGUGUCAGGGAGAGAUCCAGUCCAGAUCCAUAUCAUCAAUCAUCAGUGAUCCUGUCACUAUCACUGUGAAAGAGAGACCUGUGGCUGUUCUGACCCUCCAACCCAGCUGGCCACAGACAUUCAGUGGAGAGACUGUCGCUCUCAGAUAUGACAGAGGUGAGAAGAGAUUGAGCAUUUUUUUUAUAACAUUAGAUUUUGGGGUAAUGUACAAUACCCUAUUAACAAAAUGGGUAAACAUUUUAAAGACUGAACAUUUGAUUUGUGUCACUUCCUUCAUAACAGAUAGACCCCAAGCUGUCCUGAGUGUCUAUCCUCAGUGGCUGAACCCUGGAGACUCAGUUACUCUGAGCUGUGGGGUUAAAGAGUCAUCUACAGGUUGGAGGUUCUUCUGGUACCGAACUGUUCCCUACACAGCUGGGUUACUCUCCCUAUUGGACAGGUCCUACUCUGUAGAGCCUCUAUCUGGCAGUGGGACUACUGAAGACUCCUACACUCUGAUCUCUGCUGGUCCUAGUCACACAGGAGGAUAUGUGUGUAGAGCUGGGAGAGGAGACCCAGUCUAUGACACACUCUACAGUGAACCUCAGUUUCUCUGGUCAGGAGAUCCGCAACCAUCACUGUCUCUCAAAACAAGACCUAACAGAACUCAACACUUUACAUCAAAGUCUCUCUCACUAAGCUGUGAGGAGAAGAGGAACUCUACUGGAUGGAGACUGAAGAGAUACAGAGAGAAAGCAGUGGAAUCAGAGUGUGUCUCUACCUGGGGAUCAGGAGCAGGGUCCACAUGUACCAUCAGGUUCACGCGUAAAAAGGACAGUGGAGUGUACUGGUGUGAGUCUGGAUCAGGAGAGUACAGUAAUGCUGUCAACAUCACAGUGGAUGUUGGCUCUUUGAUCCUGGAGAGCCCUCCCUAUCCCAUAACUGAGGGAGACUCAGUGACUCUGAGCUGUGCAAAUAGAUAUCAGGAAACAAACCCGAUCCCCAAGGUUGAUUUCUACAAAGAUGGAGUUCUCAUCAGCAAUGAGACCACAGGAGAGAUGACCAUCCCUGUAGUGUCCAAGUCAGAUGAAGGCUUCUAUAAGUGUAAAUCUAAUGAAGGAGAAUCACCAGAGAGCUGGGUGACAGUGAGAGGUUCUGUUGUCUCCAUCUCUCUGCUGCCCAGGCUGCUGUGUAGUCUGCUGGUGGUGUCUCCCUUUCUACUGGUGUCUAUCGUGCUGAUGGUGAAAUGCUGCAGGGCUCGAGGUGUAACUCCUGGACCCUCUACAUCAGUCCUAGUAGGAGUGGUUGUGGGCCUGGUUGUUGCUGGUGUUCUACUGGCCAUUCUCCUGGUACUGCUGUGUCGAUAUAAAAAAGCCCAAGGCCCCACCAGCCCCAGAGGACCAACCUGGACCCCCAACAGGACCAAGGAUCUACCCAGGGCCAGGCUCCUGAUGCUGGAAAUGACAGCUGAUCCAAAGGAAAAUCCAGUCUAUUCUGAGGUCAAGACAGGGAAGACCACAGGCAAGACCCAUUGUACAGAAGCAACUGGACCUGUUGAUGUGACCUAUGCUGAGGUUGACCUUAAACAGAAGGCCAAAGCCAAGAAGAAAGAAAUCAUCAACCCCACCUGA